GUCAUGUGAAUUCCACCAGUCACAGUGUCCUCAGCAUCAGAAUUCAGCAUCUCAACACCCUUCUUCCCCUCAAGGUCAAGGUCACAUUCAAAAUCUCUGCUCUCCCCACACCCACCACCACCCUCUUCAUGCUCUGCCUCUGGUCCUCUUCUUGUGGAAAGUCCUUUAGACUUUUGGAUUCAAUAUAAACCCCAAAAAAUUCCCAUCAUUAAGUAAUACAAACAUUUCCAAGCAACGAAGCUUCCUGAGCAUGUCUGUUGUUUGGGGUCGUCUUUGUAAAUCAAGUCUGUUUGCCCCUUACUGCAUCACAGCAUAACCACUAAGUCUUAGAGCACCAUUUGGGGUAGUUAAAAUGCAGGGUACAUGCAGACCUGGGGUCACCUCACAGUACACUGCAGAAGCUCAAAGCACCCCCAAGAGCUGUGUGGAGAGACUGGGGACAGGGUGGUGAUUUCCAGGACGAGCCCCUAAAGGUCCCAGGGCACACCCUCCAGCCCACAGCCACGGACAGCAGGCCAGCUGCUCCCCAAAUGGCACUUCUUAAGCAGUAAGCAGCAGCCCCUCCGGACGAAUGGGCUGGCUUACCUGCCCGGCCUUCUGCAGGACAGCCUCCUGCAGGACAGGCCCCCUUUUCUCCGCAGAUAACACGCUGUGUGCGUGGAGGGGCCGUUGGUGCAGCACAGCUCAACCGUCCGUCUACCCUUCGGUUUUAGUCUUCCAGAACUGUGUUGCUGCCCCGAGCUCAGCACAGUUUGAGGCAGUGCAGGCACCCAGGGGACCCUUGAUUAGAAGCAGAACCUUUUAUUCCUAGGGGAUACGUCUGCGAAUCAGAUGGCCCGGGGAACAAGGACAAGCCUUGAACUUGUUCCGUGAACUGGGAUUUCUUGUUCCAUGUCAGUUUCAGAAGCCGAUUGCUUCAAAUACACUGGCAGUGAGCCCUUGUUAUAUUCCUGGCACUGGCCUCGGUUGUCCUCACCUCGGGGCUUUCGCGCAUGUCUGGUGUCAACUCCUUCCCCGUGUUCCUCAGCCAACUCGUAAUCAUCCCUCAAGCUUCCCAAGUGCCUUUUUCAGGAGAGCCUUCCUACAGAAGGUAGCCUGGAGCCCUCCCCUUGUUCUAUGCUCUUAAAGCUCUGCUCUUACCACAAUUGUCAGGUAUGACACUUAAGUAACCCAGGGAGUGUACACUCAGGGACGGUCAGUGAGGGCGUGUGUGAAGCGACGGGAGCGUUGGAGACGACACGAUACGGCCACCCGGCAGCUCGGUCCCUAUUUGGUUCCAAGCAGAGUGGCCCCAUGUUCUGAGAUGGUCCAUAUUUUCUAAAAGAGCCAGAAAUCUAGGUUUUUAACAUGAAGUUCCCCCUCGCCAACAUUUAAAUAGUGCAAAUAGUUAUUUUUAGAAACGUAGACCAAGGAAAACAUCACUGGCUCCUAAUUUGUAGCCUCUGGGUUAACAUCUUUCCUACUUGGCUCUCGGCCCCACAAGGGCACAUGCCAUGUCGGCUCGGCUCACCACGACAUGUGGAUUCAGCAAAUGAAAAGCAGCUCAGUGAAGGCCUCUGCAAAUAGAGCGCCAGGCACAGGCAGCCGAGCAGGACCCGGCGUUCCGUCACCCCCACCUCCCUUGUUGCCCACUGGAAAUGUCUCCAUCUCCCUUUAAGUCCCACUCCUGGGACCACCCUGGGCUCAGUAUCCUCUACCCUGCUGUCAUCACAAUGGCCAGAGCUGGCUUGGGGCCUCUGUGACAUCACCAGUGGCCUGGCCCUAGCUACCCAGUCUCCAGGGACGAGGCAAACAGACCCACCAUGAGCAACUUCCUCUCCCAUCGCUGUUCACCAUGCGGACGCUGAAAUGGUUUUUGUUCCUGGCUCUAUGCCUCUCCUGCGGCUAUGCCCUCAUGUUUUCUUCUCUGAGGGACAAAGGCAAAGACCCCCAGGGGAAUAUGCCUUGCGGAGGGCACUUUCGGAGUAGGCAGAACCUACCGGAGCAUACCCAGGGCUGGCUUGGGAGCAAGUGGCUCUGGCUGUUUUUUGUUUUUGCGCUGUACAUGUUACUAAAGUUUCGGGGAGAUAGUGAGAAGAGUAAGCAGAAUCCUCCUCCCGGCCUUCGAAGCUGUUCAUUUCGCCCUCCCCUAAAGAAAAAUCAGAGUGCUUCCCCCAACAAAGAUUAUGCAUUGAAUACCCUAACCCAACUCGAGAUGGACCUCGUGAAAUUCAUGUCCAAGGUGCGGAAUCUGAAAGUCUCCAUGACAACUGGCAGUAAGCUCAGGCCUCAGCACGUAGAGAUACCUGCAGACCCCCAAAAUAGUAUUACGAUAUAUGAAAUAUGGGGCGAAGAAGAAUACGAAUGAAUGCAUUUGUGUGUUGAAGUAGGAGAGAAAAAGUUGAGUGUUGACAAACCAUACACAAACUAAUAUAACUAUUCUGAAGAGAAAGAAAUCUCGAAUUUCAGGUCUUUUUCCCUCUUUUGUUAAACUUGAUAAAAUAAAUGUGAGACCUGUAGCCAUAGCAGUUAUUGUCUUGUUUUUGCCUUUCUCACUCUUCUAGACUUGUGGGUGGUGAAAAGCGUAUGGACAGCGACAUAGUGGCAUGAGUGACAUUCUUGGCCUCGGUGCCAUGG